CCUAAGCUCUACACAAGGCUAUAUAAGAGACCCCAGCAGUUGGAAAACACUCAGAGCGGAUGUAUUUAGACAGGAGUCCAGAAGGCGCAAAGAACUGGGAGCCUGGGUUGUUCCAUGCAGGAAGAUUAAACAUCCACUCAGACCAGAGGGGCACCACCUGAAUGCAUCCAAUCUGACUGGGACUCAGAUCCCCACGAGGAACCAGUUCUGUCCCUGGAGGAUGGCUGCAACACAGCGAUGCCUCCUGGCUUCCUUCAUCCUUCUCGGAGUGGCAGGCAUUUUCGGCGAGCGAGUUCUAAAGCAAUCAGUCAGCAGGAUCAAGCCAGGACAGAAACUGUACAACCCUCUGAUCAAACGCGGUCCAGACAGCAAUGUGAGAUGGACCACUUGGUUUAACAUUGACCACCCUGGAGGCAAUGGGGAUUACGAGCGCACAGAUGCCAUCCGCUUCUACUAUCGGGACAGGUUGUGUCCCAGGCCCAUCCGCGUCGAAGCCCGAACGACAGACUGGAUCCCUGCCACCAGCACAGGCCAGGUGGUUCACUCCAAUGCUCAGGAGGGAUUCUGGUGCCUGAACAAGGAGCAGCCUGCAGGGCAAACAUGCUUGAAUUAUGCUGUGCGUUUCCUGUGCCCCAGAGACUCCUUACCUCAAGAUUCCAAAAUGUUAUGGUCUUCGUGGUCAACGUGGAGCGAAUGUUCUGGAAAAUGUGAACAGGACGGUGUCCAGACUCGGACCAGGACCUGCCUCGCGGAAAGCCUUCAGGAGCCACACUGCAAAGAAGUGAGCGAGGAAGGGCGACGCUGUCCUGGACCUCCUUGCUCAGUUUGCAACAUGACCUGCUCCAUGGGCCACGUGAAUGCCGAAUGUGACACCUGCAUGUGUGAGGAACACCUGCUUCGUGGCAAAGUCUCCUUGCAAGGUGGUGGCCCUGCAGACGGUGCGGCCAUCUCCUUGCAAACCAAGCCGACAAAACUAUUGACAGUGACUGACAGCAAUGGGGAGUUUCAGGUUCCAGGCGUGUGCCUUGACGGCAAAACCGCCUUGCAGAUCAAAAAGCCCAAUUACAAAACAGCUUUGGUCAUCGUCCCCGAGAGUUCCGGACGUUCCUCAUCAGUCCACAUCCACUUGGAAAGAGCAGAAAAACCGUACAUGGUGACGCAUCCCGAGAGCAAAGCCAGGAGAGAGGGACAAAGUGUUUCUUUCUGUUGUCAGGCUGUUGGAGACCCGGUACCUGACCGAUACUUUUGGUUCCACAACGAAACCUUGCUAGACCCUUCGCUUUAUAAGUACAAAAGCAACCUGGUGAUAAAGAACUUGAAAAUGGACCAAGCUGGAGAGUAUUAUUGCAAGACGAGCAAUGAUGCAGGAUCUGUGAAGUCCCGAGCAGCCACACUUUCUCUAAGAGCAAAGAAUGAAGCUCCUUGCAACCCAAGGCCUGAGAGCUAUCUCAUCCGGCUGCCACACGACUGCUUCCAAAACUCAACAGGCUCCUUCUACUAUGACGUUGGCAGAUGCCCAUCCAGUGCCUGCUUUGGGAUGUUGGAUAACGGCCUCCGCUGCAAAGAUGUUGCCGCUUACUGCUGUGGGGUCUCCAGAAUGGAGACACGAGAAUUAACCUGUUCCGGGUACACACUUCCCAUCAAAGUGAAUGUGAGGUGUGGCUGUCAGAAGUGCGUUGAAGCCAAGGUGACGGUGCGAGGAAGAGCCGUGGCUUCUGACACGCAAGAGCCCAUGAGGUUUGGCCAUAUAUACAUGGGGAAUAACAGGGUGAGCAUGACCGGCUAUAAGGGAACCUUCUCCAUUCAAGUGGCACCCAACACAGAGAGGCUGGUCCUCACGUUCGUCGAUCGCCUUCAGAAGUUUGUGAACACAACCAAGGUGCUGCCUUUCAACAAAAACGGCGGGACCGUCUUCCACGAGAUCAAGAUGUUAAGGAAGAAUCCGCCUGUCACGCUGGAGUCGACAGAGACCAGUGUGAUACCUCUGGGAGUUAUGGAGGGAGACGACCCGAUAGCCGAACUGGAAAUUCCCCCCAAUACGUUCUAUAGACAGAACGGAGAACUCUAUGCUGGGAAGGUGAAAGCCAGUGUGACCUUCUUGGACCCAAGGAAUGUCUCUAGUGCAGCCAUAGCACAAAGCGACUUGAACUUUGUAGACGACGAAGGCGACAUGCUCCCUCUGCGGACGUAUGGCAUGUUUUCCAUGGAUUUCACGGAUGAAACCUCCGCCGAAACCCUCAAUGCAGGGAAAGUGAAAGUCCACCUAGACUCCGCUCAGGUAAGGAUGCCAGAACAUCUGAAGGGAAUGAAGCUCUGGUCUCUGAACCCCCAGACAGGCUUAUGGGAAGAAGAAGGAGACUUCCAGCUUGACCAGAGAAGGCGCAACAAGCGAGAAGAACGGACAUUUCUGGUAGGCAACAUGGAGAUAAGGGAAAGGAGGCUUUUCAACCUUGACGUCCCAGAGAGCAGGCGGUGCUAUAUCAAGGUGCGCACUUACAGAAGCGAAAGGUACAUGCCCAGUGAACAAGUUACAGGGGUGGUGGUUUCCGUUAUCAACAUGGAGCCCACACCAGGUUACUCGACCAAUCCUAGAGCAUGGGGCCGUUUUGACAGCGCUGUCACUGGCUCCAACGGCGUUUGCGUGCCCGCUUUCUGCGACGACCAAAACCCAGAUGCCUACAGCGCUUACGUCAUGGCGAGCCUUGGAGGGGAGGAGCUUGAAGCUGUUCCCUCAUCUCCAAGGCUUAGUCCUACUGCUGUUGGAGUCCCACAGCUGUAUCUCAAUAAGCUGAAGUACCGGCGGACGGACCACGUGGAUCGUAACGUGAAGAAGACCGCUUUCAGCAUCAGCGUGGCGAAGCCCACUCCAAACGCUGCUGAAGAGAGCAACGGCCCCAUAUACCCUUACGAGAAACUUCGAGAAUGUGAAAUGGCUCCACAUAGUGCCGCUCACUUUAGGUUUUACAGGGUAGAAGGAGACAGGUAUGACUACAACACAGUUCCUUUCAACGAGGACGACCCCAUGAACUGGACAGAAGACUACUUGGCCUGGUGGCCUAAACCGAUGGAAUUUAGGGCUUGCUACGUCAAGGUGAGGAUCAACGGGCCCGUGGAGGUGAAUGUGAGGUCUCGCAACAUGGGGGGCACGCACCCACGUACAGUUGGCCAGCUGUAUGGCAUCAGAGAUGUCCGUAGCAUCCGUGACCAAGAGCAACCCAACAUUUCAGCAGCGUGCCUGGAAUUCAAGUGCAGCGGCAUGUUGUAUGACCAGGAACGUGUUGACCGGACACUGGUGAAAAUCAUCCCACAAGGGAACUGCUACCGGGAGAGUGUCAGCAGCACACUUCAUGAGUAUCUGGUGAACCACCUUCCCGUUGCGGUCAACAACGACUCCAGUCAGUACACCAUGUUGGCGCCUCUUGACCCUCUUGGUCACAACUAUGGGAUCUACACAGUUACAGACCAGGAUCCCAGGACAGCCAAGGAGAUAGCUCUGGGAAGGUGCUUCGAUGGAACAUCUGAUGGUUCCUCAAGAAUUAUGAAGACCAACGUGGGCAUAGCACUCACUUUCAAUUGUCAAGAGAGAGAUGCACAACAGCAAAGCUUGUUCCAAUCCCUGCGCAAUGUGCCGAACAGGUACCCGGUGAGCCCUCUUAGAGGGAGGGUAGGGGUGAGAAGGUCAAGCGAAAGCCGUGCUGGUCAGAUUAGGGGGAAAGGCACCCCCUUUGUCAGAGUUCCUCAAAGAACCCAAUAAGAUCUUAUAAUCCAACACGAUCCAACAGCUCCAUGGGGCUCAGAGGGUCUUUGCCAGCGCGCACACACGUAAAUUCUGGGGACAGCAUCACAUGGACGAUAGUAAACACUAAUUCAUGUGGGGAAGCCUCUACCCAUAUGAAGUUCCUUGAGUCCUUCGACACCUUUUACUAACAUUCAGAUCUCAUCCUAGGAAUGCAGUGAAAUACUUAACAAGAUAAAUAGCAAGCACUUGAUUAGUACAUCUGAUAAAACCACACUGGCUGUCCCUGGCUUAAGCAGUAGCACCUCUCAGUGAAGUACUGUCUGAAGAGACCUCCGGGUAUAGGACGGUAUAUAAAUUCAACAAAUAAAUAAUAAAAAAGGAAGAGAGUGUAUGCAGGACAGACCAAGAUGCACCAACAAGAAGGCCCUUCUCUCACUGAUGUGCUCCAAUCCCCCCACCACUUCCUUCCACCUGGAUUAAAUUUUGCAUACCUCUUAAAAAGGGAAUGAAUAUUUGCAGGUAAGCUAGCCUCAGCCCAAAUUCUGCAUCACCGGCAAAUCCUUUCUUUGAGGUUUUAGAACUUACUGCAUUUAAUCAAUACCAGUACUGAAGAUUCCCUCUUUGAGGAAGGUUGCAUUUUAAGAGUCUCUGACCAAAUGCAGCUGAAGAGUUAACACCUAAUCUAUGUAAUUAUGAUCUUGUUUUUCAGAAGAAUGUUUAAAACUGUAAAAAAAUGUUCUCUGCAAGGGUGGAAGAAGCUAUAUCGAAUAUUUAAAAAAAAUGUACAUAAAUUCUUUUUCUGAUAAGUGGCUUUGGAAGCCCCAUUAACAAAUGAUAAAUAAAAAGGAAGCUAUUCCUUCAUAUUGAAUCUACAGUAACUGUAAGACUCUGUAAAUGUGAACAAUGAUAUUUAUUUCUGUA